CAGUGUGUGUUGCCCCCCCCCGCUCCAACCCUGUGCAUUGAUUGGCUUGUUCACUCCCUUCCGCAGCUGGGAAGUGGGGCGGGGAGCGGUCGCUUUGUAGAAGGUGUUUGUUCUCUCCUCUCUCCAAGUGUUGUAGAGAGGGGGCUGGAACACAAGCUCGGACUCGGCAAGUGUAAACUUGUGGGCGAUCAUCAUGGCGGGUGCGAAGAAAGCCGGCUCCCUCGCAGCUGUCCUCUGCUUCUCUGUAACCCUGGGAAACCUGGUGCACCUCAGUCUAGGGCGAAGCCAGCAACCUCUGGAUGCUACUGGAGUGUUCUACAUGUUUAGCCAGAGGUUGCCUUCAGAUAUCUUGACAGGUCUCAAAAGCUAUAAUCACCGAUGGAAGCGACAGCAGCCACCCAAAUCAGUGGAUACGAACAGAGCUAGUCCAGAACAGGACUUUGCAGAUCCGACUAAAAUCUUUGACAUUCAACGUGCUGAGGACAAUAGCAAUGAUACAAAAAUUGAGGAAAACACAGACCACAACUACUAUACAUCAAGAAUGUAUGGGCCGUCUGAUCCAGAAACCAGGGAACUAUGGGUGAACAUGGAUCAAAUGGAAAAAGACAAAGUGAAGAUUCAUGGGAUCCUAUCUAACACCCACCGGCAAGCUGCGAGGGUAAAUUUGUCCUUCCACUUCCCAUUUUAUGGACAUUUCCUGACCGAGAUUACUGUGGCGACUGGUGGUUUUAUCUACACGGGGGAAGUUGUGCACCGUAUGUUAACAGCUACUCAGUACAUCGCACCACUAAUGGCUAAUUUUGACCCAAGUGUGUCUAGGAAUUCAACUGUUCAAUACUUCGACAAUGGUACUGCUCUGGUUGUACAGUGGGAUAAUGUUCGCCUACAGGAUAACUAUGAUUUAGGGAGCUUCACGUUCCAGGCCACCCUGCAUAAUGAUGGACGGAUUGUGUUUGCUUAUAAAGAGAUUCCUGUUCCUGUGACACAGAUAAACUCAGCGAAUCACCCAGUCAAAGUGGGGCUGUCAGAUGCAUUUGUAGUCGUCCACAAGAUCCAACAGAUUCCCAAUGUUCGCAGAAGAACAAUUUAUGAAUACCACCGAGUUGAAUUGCAGAUGUCAAAAGUCACCAAUGCGUCCGCUGUUGAAAUGGUCCCUCUCGCCACUUGUCUCCAAUACAAAAGUUGCUCUGCCUGUAUCAAUGCACAGAUUGGCUUCAACUGCACAUGGUGUGACAAGCUCCAGAGGUGUUCCAGUGGAUUUGAUCGGCAUCGGCAGGAUUGGGUUGAUAACAGCUGCCCUGAUGAGUCGAAAGAUAAGAUAUGUGACAUCAAGCCUGGAGAAGUGACUCAAGGUGCUUCAUCCACAACAAUGAAUGUUGCAACAUUGGCUACAAAACCCAGAAUCUCAAGCACCACAUCCACAACUGCUUUCACAUUUGCUGUUCCGACUUCUAGCCUAACCACUGAAGAUGAUACAAAGAUUGCAAUGCACCUGAGGGACAAUGGAGAAGCUCCUAAAGGGACCGUCGCCUAUGAACGGGGUAUCAGGACAGGUCCUUCUGCACCAUUGGCGAUGGACAACCUCAUGUGCGGGACUUCUUCCACAGCUGACAGCACUGCUGAGAAGAAAGGUGACUCAGUUCACACUGGCCUGAUCGUGGGGAUACUCCUGGUCAUCAUCAUUGUUAUAGCAGGAGUGCUCGUGACAUUUUACAUGUACCACCACCCAACAUCAGCAGCAAGUCUCUUCUUCCUUGAGCGCCGCCCCAGUAGAUGGCCUGCAAUGAAGUUCAGACGUGGCUCUGGUCAUCCUGCUUAUGCCGAAGUGGAGCCAGUUGGGCAGGAGAAAGAAGGUUUUAUUGUGUCUGAACAGUGCUGAAACUGAGCGAAAAAAAAGUAGUGCACCAGUACUGGCCUACAGGUGUGGGAUUUAUGCUCUGAAAUGAAUAAAGAAGCAAGCUCAAACCCACUGUCCAUGAAAUACCCACUUCUGGAUCAGCUGAAAGUAGGAAAGAUACACAUUUUCAUCUACAAGAUCACCACUCCAUAAUCUUCCUUAGUAGCCCUGCAGAAAUCAUCAAUUUGUCAAAAAGAACUUAUCAUCCCUUUCGGAUAGCUGUUGUGGAAUUGAAUGAGCAUUAGUGAUGCAAACAAGCCGCAAAACUAAAGAAUCAAUUUCAUUCCAUCUUUACCGGUUCAAGUAAACUUCAACAAAUAAGAGUGGAAAAGAAAUCAAUUAUCCAUGUUACCAUGGUUAUAAAUGCAGGAAAAUUGCUUACAGCAUGCUUUUAGCCAAUCAUCAAUCAGAUAAAGUAAUGAAUGGAUUCACUCUCUUCAGCAUUUACUUUGAUUCUUUAAAAGUGUAUACAUUAAAAAAAAAUCACUGACAUCAGUUCAGGGAAAUAUGGUUAACGUGUACGUUUUCUUCAUGAGGAUAUUUCCGAAUUCAUCAGAGGUUUUGAGUGUAUAUGAAUCACUACAAAUAGAUUUCUUUCCUGUAGAUGAGCUAUAAAAUGGUAAAAUUUUGUGUCUCAAUUGUCAAGGUUCAGUUGCAUAAGGCUUGGGAGGCAACUGAAGACAAUUGAUAUGUUAUUUUAAAAAAGGAAAGUUUGCAAAUAAGCAAAUCUGACUUUUUUUUGAUAAAUUUGAAUUAUUUCCCUCGGUGACUUCUGACAUUCCUGAUGUAAGUCUUUUAAGUUAACAGGAAAUUCCCCAAAUUAUUGUGCACAAGAUUCAAUCAGUUUCAAAUCGCUGGGGGAUUGAUACCCUCUGUGUUGCAAAUUGUGCAAUGUGUCAUCUUUUGUCUUGAAAGGUAGUGAGACUGCAAAGGUUUAAAUACUCCCUUACUAGAAACCAAAUGCUGGGAAUAUUUGCAUAUUCAAUUAGUUCUGUUGUGUAGUGGACACAUUGGUUAAAUAGAUGAAUAUAUUUUGUUUCUUGAUAGUUUACACAAGACAGGUUCUUGUGUCUCCAGAUUGUGAUGAAAUGUUAUAGUGUAUUUUUACCAUCCAGAAGGGGUGUGUCACAUGAAUUAUCGCAGACAUAAAAUGGGUUAUAAAGUAGUAAUUAAGACUGAGUACUGUUUAACAAUAGAAAGUAGCUUCGUGGAGAGCAAAGAACACGCACUUUUGACUGUCUUCACUGAAAUGAAUUGUUUUCUUUUGAGCUUUCUUUGUGAUGUGAAACUGGGCUGUUUGUAAAUUCAGGUAAGUAUUAUUCUUCAAUAAAAUCCUGUGAAAUAAAUCUUCCAGUCUUAGACGUAAAGGCACUUGCUAUUGAUAUUAAGUAUUGAAAAUGGCAGAUUCAGGUCUAAUUACAGAUUAUUGACUUAUUUCCAUUUGCCAACACCGCAGUCAGUGAACACUGCAGAUUUAUAAUCUUACACUUCAAACAAUAGUGUCAGAAGUUUCACUCACUGUGAGUUCAACUUUGCUGGGAACAGAUUUUGAUUUUGAUGAGCAUUUGACACAAGGUUAUCAAUUAGUGUUAAGACAGCUCGUUCAUUCGGGCUUUAUCUGGAGCUAUCUAGAGAAACAAUUUGAAAUAUUUCAUUAAACUUUAUCCUAAUGUAUCAGAUAAACAUGGAAACUCAUUUGCAGGCAAUGAUGACCUGGUUUUAAAUGCCCCCUGACAAAAACGGGCUCCUUAAGUGGAAAAUGGGUAUAGUUGCAUUGUUUUGACUGAAUGAAGUGAACUAAAUGAUCCUGAUGUGAUCCUAAUUUUAGUUCAAUGUUCUCUAAGGCCAUAGAAACAGGAGCAAAAGUAGAUAUUUUGGCCCCUCAAGCCUGCUCUGCCAUUCAACAGGAUCAUCGCUGAUCUGACAUUACUCAAAUCCACUUUCCUGCCCUUUCCCCCUGCUGGUCAAGAAUGAGCCUUAAAUAUAUGGUACCUCUUGUAAACAUUCAAGUAAUGUCACCAGCUGCAAGCACCAAUGUACAAAACUGUUGCUGUGUAAUGAAAAGACUCCCAAAAAGACUCCCUCAUCCUCAUCUUGCCAAGGCACCUUUGACAUUCCUUCAGUAUGGUGAUCUUUACCACCUGGGAAAAACAAAGGCAGCAUCUACGUUAGACCAUCGCCCACAAGUCCCCCUCCAUGCUGUUCCGCAUCCUGACCUAGAACUAAAUUGCCAUUCUUUCACUACUGCUUGGAAUGCUGGAAUACCUUCCUAAACAGCACAGUAACUGUACCUACACCACAUGGACAUCCAAUUAUUCACAAGCAUUGCUCACCUUCAUCUUUUCAAGGUCAAUUAAAAAUGGGCAAUGAUUGCUGGCCUUCUCAGGAGCAUGAACAUUCCAUGGAUGAAUAUAAAAGACAUUCAGGUGUAUCUGCAUCAUAUUGUUUCAAAAAGCAAUCAAUAAUUCCAGGGAUUAGAUGCUCUGAACUGAAUGCAGGUGAACAAAAACAAAAAAGCUCAGAACCAAACUUCUCUGGAGAGUUUGCUAAAGCAACUACCCAUAUUAUGAAUGUAUUUUUCUUUUACAGAUACUAGCGGAAUUUCCACAUUUUGUAGUUUCUUAUGGUGUAAAAUUUAAUCAGGAAAAACCUGAAUAUAUUUCAUUUGAAACCGUAAGGCUAUAAAAACGUAACAAAUCAGAGCAGGAGUGAACCUGUCAAAGCUGCUUCACCAAACACUAGCUGAUCUUUUGCCUCAAGUGCACUUUUUUAAUCUGUUCCCUAUAUUGCUUGAUUGCCUGAGAGGCCAGAAGUUUUUUUGGUGAUCCAGCCACAUUUCAAUGCUCCUGUCUUCCUUUCAAAAUUGCAAUUUCUUUCCCUAUUCCUCCUCCCAAGAAUAUUGAAACAUGUGAUAUAGGAACAGGAAUAGGCCAUUCAAGCCAUUCAAACAGAUCAUGCGUGUUUUCCUCACUAUAUCCAUAUCCUUUGAAGUUAUUAGUGUGCCAGCAUUUCCCUUUCUGUCAACUCCCAAUUAACAUUUCACCCAACACUUACCAUGCCUUCUCAUGCAAGCGCAAUAUGUUAGGUAUGGGGUAGAUUUUACAGGUUAGCCAUAACCUCAAACUGGAAAGUCUGUUGGCACUGUGCCAUCAUAAACCUGCUUGCUGUGCUGCAAUAAUACACUGUUGGCAGCCUUCAUUGGACUGGCAUGACUUCUGCCCCAUCCUGGGAGCACGGCCCCACCUAGAGAGCUGCCAGCUAAUCUGGUUGACUGCCAGAUCUGUAGUCUCUGCCGUACCAGAACUGAGUAGUGUCCAUUGCUAGAGCGACAGACAGUCAACUAGGAUGAAUUGUAAUGCAUCCCAUACAUUAGGUAAGUAUAGAGUUUUUGUCAAGUCUACAUGGCAGAACCCAGCAGCUCACGGGUGGUCAGGUUUUAGAGACAGGGACAUUGGAAUAAAGGAGACUAUAGCCUCGGGGGGGAUGAUCUUUGAAUGGCAUAGACAACCCCCUAAUAGAGCCCUUCCUCCUCUCCAGCAACCCGCACAGUGAACGCUGCUGGGCUGCCCACCUUGGCUAUGCACUGCUCUGCCACAUAUAUUUUAAUAACACAUGAUCAUCAAUAUGUUCAUGGUCAGGUAAGCUGCUGACACAUUGCUUAUCAAUCAUAAUCUGGGAGACAAACUAGGGCUAGGUGAGUCAAACCACACUUUUUUUUUACAAAUGCCCUUACCUUUAAAAAUACUGGCAGAGUACUGUAAACCUCAUCCCUGUUUCAAAAGUUGUUGUUAUUCCUUUUAGACAGCUUUUAGACAAGUAUACACCUCCCAAUUAUAGUACAUCAUUAGGUUUAUACUAGAAAUUAUCCUGGAAAAUAGUUUUACCUGUUCAAAUUCCAAUCAUAUUACUGCAUUACAGAGGAAAACUAGCUGAGCAAGUCUGUUUUGCUUCACUCACUCAUUCUGUUAUCGAGACCAUUAUAAAUAUCAAGAAAUCCUGUCGAAAGAUGAAAGACUUCAAUGAAAAAUGCAUCAGAACAUAUCAAAGCACAUUUUUGAAAAAUAUAUUGCCUGCUCUAAUAGGGAUUUCCUUUGGCUGCCUUUAGCCUUUUUUACUAGACCUACACUCUGGCUUAUUGUUUAUUAGUAGUCAUUUUACAAUUACAUGUGAAUUAAACUUUUUGCACAAUAACAGAAGUAAAGUCUUUUUUUAUGAAUGGACUAAUUCUAAUUGACCUGAACCUGCAAGUUCAAUACCAUUGUACCAAGAUUUUGCACUAAGUGUGAAAAGAAGUACUAGAAUUAAACUACCCAAUAUUUGACGUACAGGGGCAUAGCAUUAUGGGGAAAGUUCAUCCAGUACCUUAUAUUGAAGGAUUUAAUGGAUUUCCUUACAAAUUAAUGGAAGCAAGCUGGUCACUAAAACAUUAUUCUGUACUGCUGUAUCAUAUCUUACUUUUGACCUUGUUAUAUUCAAACCCAACAGUAAAAUCCUUUUAGUUUGAAUGUAUUAAAUGCUUCAAAUUGGCAUAAAUGUGUUCCAGUGCAUCAUUUUCAAUGUUUGACACAGGUGCAUUUCAAUAUUGGAUAGUUUACUAAGGAUUUUUUUUCUAUAAGAUUAUUUUUCUAUAUGCUUGCUCAUUUUGACACAGUAUAAUAUGCGUAUGAUUUGUAAAGCGAAACAAUGCUGUAUACCGUUAAACAAGCAGUAUAUUUUGUGUUGGCCUACAUGUUGAUUGCAUGUAAUUAUCUCACUAAGUGCAGUGACCUGCUCACAAACUUUGUGUUGUCAUUAAUGCAAAUUUGGUGCAAUUUUGAAACCUGUCCAGAACAUUUGUUUUUACAUAAAGUGUAUUUUAAUUUCAGAACAAAAAACUGAAUAUGCUCUGCCUUCUAAAUAUGAUCAUGAUAAAGAUGAAGAAAUUUCCUGUAGAUUUUCUCUGGCAAAAAAAAACAAUCAAUGUGGGUCAACAGAAGUAUAUACUGUAUCUUAUGGGAUUUUUCAACUACAUUAUAAGAGGAAAUGUUCCAGUCUCUGUGAGUCACAUGGUAAAUCUCACAAUGUGUAGAAAGGAUGGAACUGGGAAUGCUGUUUGGGAGUGGGUGUAUUGUAUCCAAUAGAAUUAGCAUGCUGGCUAAUUUUGCUAGCUUCAGAGUCUUGAGAUCUUCUGCAGUCACUCUUGACAAUGAUGUUUAAGGUGAGGGUGUCCUACUUAAAUUAGGACAGUCAAAAAAAAAUCACUGUCUGAAACAAAAACAGCAUGGACUCCAGUAUGACACACUUUGGUUUGAAUAAGUGAGAUAGUUGAACCCGGAAUAGAUCUGUUAGAGCUUUACUUCAUUUCCAUAUAACUCAAAGGAUAUAACAUGCAUAGGUUGUUUUCUACAAUAAACUGUCAUUUCUAUAAUUUUGA